AUGAAGUUCACAGCCCUCCUAUUCGCCCUGGCUCCAGCAGUUCUGGCCCUGCCAAGCUCACCCUUGGCCAACCGGCAGGGAAGCAUCACAGCCAUUACAGACCAGCUUCUCUUCGACAUAUCUCUCCCCGACUUCAUCACACACCGCAACGCAAAGAACCCCUCCAACCUUGACUGGUCGUCAGACGGCUGCACCGACUCACCGGACAAUCCUUUUGGAUUUCCCUUCGUUCCUGCCUGUUAUCGCCACGACUUUGGGUACCAGAACUAUCGCAUUCAAAAUCGAUUUACUGAGAGCGGCAAGCUCAACAUUGACAACAACUUCAAGGAUGACCUCUACUACCAGUGUCAGUCAUCGAGCGUGCAGUCCGUUUGUGACGCUCUCGCCGAUGUCUACUACGCUGCCGUCAGAGCCUUUGGAGGCGGCGAUGCUUCUCCCGGUAAGCGGGAAGAGUCGCAAGAGGACUUGAUUAAAGAAUAUGAGGAGAAGGUUGAGAUCUAUAACAAGCUUGUCAAGGAAGCUCAGGACAAGGGCCUGCUACCCAUUUUGGACUAG